AUGACUUACCAAACCAGGUGGUUGAUGGAAAUAAUAGCAAUUAUAGCUUUUAUACUAACACACCUCAAGGAGAAACUACUCACUGAUCAUCUGAAAGGAAACUACAAGUCAAGUGAUUUUGAUUGGGCUGGUCUCACUUCUGAUGCUCCUGGUAUAACAAGGUUCACUCCAGUUGGUUCCCCUUUACCACGUCCAGAGGAGGUUAAUCCUCAGAAGCUAUCAUUAGCUCUAGAACCAGAAGUAGCUGCUAUAGCUGCACAGCAUCAGUCAGCAGUAUCAGGAACACCUCCACAGAGAUAUAUGGUAGUUGAUAUAGGAGGAGGUACAGUUGAUAUUACUGUACAUGAUAAGAGUAAUGGGAGAAUUAGUGUAGUACUACCACCAAUGGGGAACACCUGGGGAGGAACAACUAUCAAUGAAGCAUUGUCAGAAAAAUUACAAGAAGCAGUAGAUGAUAAAGAUUUCAAGGUUUUAUUAGAAUCUGAUCCCAUUAGUGCCAAAGCUACACUAAAUAGGAUAUUUUAUGAAAAGUUUGAAGAGCAAAAAAAAAUAUUUGGAAAUGCGACACAAGGUCCCAGAAGAGUAGCAUUUUCCUUGCCAAGGGCUUUUACCAGGCACUAUGGUAAUAAUAUCCCUGAAAAAUCAAAGAAAGUGAAUAUGCAUUAUAAUCCAGAAAAUGAUUCAUUAACCAUAGAACACAACCUAUUGGAGGAGGUAUUCCAAUUCACAAUAAAUAAAAUCCUUGUGUGUGUGAGGGCAGCAUUUGAUGAGCUAACAGAUCAUAUUGAUACAGUUUAUCUGGUAGGAGGGUUUGGAGGGUGUAGGUUUGUUAGUCAAAAGAUAGAAGAAGCUAUUGCUCAGCAUCGUGGCAUGCUUUAUGAUAAUAUAGUGUGUCCUGUACAACCAGAUCUUGCUGUUGUAAAAGGAGCAGUAAUGUGGAGGAAAGAUCCUAACAUAAUCCAAUCACGUGUUGCUGAUGCUACCUAUGGGGUAGGUGUUGCUCCUGUAUUCAAACCGUCAAUACACGAUGAACAUUACAAGUAUGUAGAUGAAGAUGGUGUACUACGUUGUGGCAAAGUAUUUGAAAUAUUUGUACUUAAAGGAGAAGAGAUAAAGGAUGAAGUAUAUAAAGCUGCUUUUUUCCCUCGUUAUCAAUGGCACACACAAACAAAUAUCUCUAUAUACUGUACAGCAGAUGAUGGAGUUCAGUAUUUAGUAGAUAAAGAAGGUGAACUAACAGUACGUGAGAUUGGCCAGCUAAUACUUGAUCUUCCUAAUCCUGAUAAUGUACCAAGAAAAGAGAGAAAAUAUGACGUAUUCAUGGAUUUCAGUGGUACAGAGAUACAAGCAAGAGCUCAGUAUACUUCAAAAUGUAAAAUGUAUAAACAAGUUCUAGAAAUACCAAUCGGUGCAACAGUGUGUGAUCUGUUACUGUAA